ACAAUGGACCCUCCCUGCUCUGCCGGUCACUGGGGAGCGGCUGUCAGGAUCUCUGGGACAGAGAAAGAUAACCUUACCUCCACUGAAACAGGAAAUAACUCUUUCCACACUCUCAGACGUCCCAUCAUUAUCUCUCCUCAGGCACUGCAACCACUGGCCCUUCAAAUUGGCCACACAAGCACUGCCACUCAAAUUGCCAUGGGCAAGGACUGCAGAGAUGGGGCUGUCCAGCGAUUUUCUACAGCUGGCCGGACAGGACACUCUGGCACCAGCAGAAUGAUUCAGAGAGGGUUCCUGGAGGCCCAGACAUCUCUCACUCAACAGGCACAUCAGCGUCGGCGAGCUCACCUCCGACAAACCAGAGAGCAAAGAAGACAUAAGGUUGUCUACGCAGUUAAUGUUGGAGGUGCAAAUACAGAAGGGAUCCAGAGGGUUAAACUUAUAAGGAGACCCACAGAGAGGGACAUCUUCUGGGAUGAGACCACAGGAGAAAGUCUGGAUCCCAGCUGCCUUCUGGACCAAAAAUCUCUGCCUCACCUCUGCGAAGAGAGACAGCGUAACCAGACAGAGAAACAGCUCCCUUUGCAGAAAAGAUCGGAUCCAGAGAGAUCAAGCUCAAGGUCUAACUGA